UUGACAAAGCAGAUUCAUUUUUCAGAGGUGUUGGUCGAAGUAAAGACAAGCUGUAGACAUGUCUAACACGGCAGAAGACAGCUGUGCAGAAAGUGUUGCUAAACGCACCAUGACAGCCACAGACAGGGCAGUAGAAUGCAGUGAGAACCUAACAGAGACUGAUGCCUUCAUAGGCAGCCAUUUAUCUUUGGAUCCUGCAGAGGAGUACAAGAUGAACAACAAACGUAGAGGUCUUGCUCUCAUCUUUAAUCAGGAGCGCUUCUUCUGGCGCCUGGGGAUGAGCGACAGGCAUGGGACCAAUGCUGACCGCUACAACUUGGAGAAAAGGCUGAGGGAGCUAAACUUUGACGUGAGGGUGUAUGAAAACUACAAACAGGUGGAAGUCUGGGAGAAAAUCAGUGAAGCCGCAGAAGCCGACCAUUCAGAUGCGGACUGCUUUUUGCUCAUCUUCCUGAGCCACGGUGAGAAUGACCACGUUUUCACCUACGAUGGCAAGAUCAGCAUCCCGGACAUCACGUCUCUGUUCAAAGGAGACAAGUGCAAGAGCCUUGUAGGAAAACCGAAGAUCUUUGUAUUACAGGCAUGCCGUGGAGACAAGCAUGAUGACCCAGUGACAGCUGCUUUUGAUGCUGUGGACAGUGAGUUGAAGACGAAUGAGGUGGUGGUGGAUGCCAGCGCCAUCCACACCCUCCCCGCCGGAGCUGAUUUCAUCAUGUGCUACUCUGUGGCUGAAGGCUACUAUUCCCACCGGGAGACCCUCAAUGGCUCCUGGUACAUCCAGGAUCUGUGUGAGCUGCUUCAAAAGUAUGGGAAUUCCCUUGAAUUCACAGAAUUGCUCACGCUGGUCAAUAGGAAAGUGUCAAUGAGGAGCGUUGGGAACUGUAAGGACCCGAGUGCAAUUGGGAAGAAGCAAGUACCUUGCUUUGCUUCAAUGCUGACCAAAAAACUAUACUUCCGACAAAAAAAGUAACUGUUUCAGACCUCAGUCAUUAAAUGAGCUGGUUUUAUAUUAAUACUUGGGAAACUGGUGCUGUUCAAGGGAGAUUUUGAAAAAAAGUUUGUUGCUCAUAAACAGAAAUUUACAUGUGCACUGAACAAUCAGCUAAUUGGCAGCCUUAAUGUUUGCAGAAAGUCUGUGGUUAUAAAAUAACAGGGACAACCUGUAUUCACAUGCAGUUGUGGAAAUGUGACUAUUUCUGGCUUCAGGCAGUUUCUCUCUGAAACUUAAUGUAAUCCGAAACCCUGUUUUCAUUUGUCAUGGUAAGUUUCUUCUGGAGAAACCAGAUUUCUUGGCCAAGCAAUACCUUAAUUAUGUUUUAUAGUCUUUUUUUUAUUAACGGUUGGGCAUUUUUGCAUGACAGAGAAUCAGGACAGUGAAAGUUGACUGGAAUUAGUAAAAGGUAUAGGGGAACUCUGAUAACUAUCCAUCUGCAUGUUAACAUGUUGUCUUAUCUGUUAGCUGCCUCAACCUGAUUUCUCACAACCAUUCUGUUUCAUGUAUGAAUGUAAGCACAGAAGUUAUAAUGCAAUUCAAUACAACAGCCCAGCAAUAAUUCAAAGUUAGGCCAGUGUAGUGGAGGGUCAGUAUCAGCUCAUUACAUCUAUAUGUAUGAAUUGACUGAUAUAUGAAAUAUGGUACAAAGCAUUUGUAGUAUAGCAAGAACAUUCAAAGAUUUUCCAAAGACAAACAAAAGUCACCUCAGCAACAUCAUAAAAGUUACUGUACUUAUUAAGUCAGCCAUUACCCUUAAAGGGAAAUGUGCAGCGGGGCCAUUUCACACAGCAAAUUCCAUGUAUUUAAUGAGCGUUAAAUAUAUAAACUAUUGUUUAAGCCAUCUACUGACUAAAUUGAUCAUGAGAGGAAACGCAGGAUCUGGGUGGUUUAGGACUCCAGUUAAACAGUUAAAUAAACAGACCAAUAUUUACCAUUUUUUAAAAUUUCCUAAAUAGCCAGAAUUGGCCCCCAAAAAUGAAAUACUGUCUUUGUAAAGACAAUAGUGUAUAAUGUUUGUUAAUUGUGCCAGAGAGGUGUUGACUGUAAUUUACGUUAUUGGAUUGGAUUACAUUAUGUUGUGAGGUGUUCCUGUUAUUUUGUUCAACCACUGAUGAUCAGUACACAUUUUGCACUUUCAUGCAAUUGCUUUUAAACUGAAGAAUUAUCAUGGACCACAUUCUGUGUUUGCUACUUUUCAUUACCUUUUGUCAUUUUUAAUCCAGUUAAAACUACAGUGGUACCACACAAAUCACAAAUGUUCUCUUGUUCUGUAGCUGAUUUUCUUUUUCCUUAACAAGCCAAGAAGACAAUAGAACUUGACAUUUCCCGGUAGCCUUGUCAGGCCAGUCUGUCUUAAAGUCAGUUGUAUGUUUAUAAACCAGACAAAUACUUUCCAAUGUAUUUUGCGAGGCAGGUGACAUAACAGCAUGAUGACCAGGUAACGAUUUUGUUUACAUCAGGGUUUAAUACACCAAUGAUCAGGCAUCUCUCACAACAGAUAAUGUAGGCACCACACAUGCUGUUUGUCUUCAGGCUCCAUCAAAAAGGGAAUUCAUGUUUGUGCUGUUCUUUGUGAUGUAGCAGUUUACAGUACUAAAUUUAAAAAUGCGUAUUUGCACCCAAAACAGCAACAAACACCAGUAUGGAAAGUACCUCAGGGAGGAGGGGUGUCCUUUUUUUUUUUAAACAUGUACUGUGGACCUAAAACACUUGUAAACUGUGUCACAUGAUCCAUGACUCAGGAAAAACAAAGCUACCAGCAUACACUGAUCCUGUAUUUUUGUAGUCAUACUGUUGUGUCUUUGUACAAUAAAAUCUUUGUGAUAUUUGAGUGCCUGUUUUGCUCUCUGUGGAGUGAUUUUUAAAAAUAAAAAAAAUAUUCUCU